UUCGUACCGGUUUACAACACUAUAAUAUAAAUGUCAAAAAUUUCCAUAGACAAAACAAAAGUAAAAUACUAAAAUAGCGUCUCGCGCCACGGCUUUGUUGAUAAUUUCGCGAAAAAUAGCUUUAUUUCAGCAAUUUUAUCCAAAUUAACCGUAAAAUGGCGGCUCCAGCUAAACCACGCUCUGAUAUGACUCUGGAGGAGUUGGCAAAGAUCGAGGAGGAGGAAUUCAGCACAGGACCUCUCUCCGUGCUCACCCAGUCCGUAAAGAACAACACCCAAGUGCUCAUAAACUGCCGAAACAACAAGAAGUUGUUGGGUCGUGUCAAGGCUUUCGACCGGCAUUGCAACAUGGUGCUGGAAAAUGUUAAAGAAAUGUGGACAGAAGUGCCGAGGACGGGCAAAGGAAAGAAGGGAAAGGCUGUAAAUAAAGACCGGUUCAUCUCCAAAAUGUUUCUCCGAGGAGAUUCAGUGAUCUUAGUCCUAAGGAACCCGCUUGCCACAGCUGCCGGCAAGUGAAUACAUUUAGAACAAUAAACACAAGGUUUUAGCAUAAGUAUCAUAAGUUUACUUCUUUAACAACAUUUAGGAAACUAUUAAAAGCAUUUGAGUCAUUCCUAAAA